UGACCAUGUGAAUCUUGCCGCGAAUUUCAAGCAGUUCAAAACUGUUUAGGCGCGCACGGAAAGAGUUUAGCUAGUUUUAGAGACUUUUAAAAAUAUAUAUAAAACAAAUCAAGUAGUUUUAUACGAUAAUGGCUACUCCUCCCAAGCGAUUUUGUUCAAGCCUCGACGUUGACCUCAGUUUCGAAAAAAGGGCACUGAAGAUCUCAAUAGAGGGAAACAUUGCUGCAGGAAAGUCAACUUUUGUGCGGUUGUUGGAUCGGGCAUCAGAGGAAUGGGAGAUCAUACCAGAGCCCAUUGGGAAGUGGUGCAAUGUGCAAACCACAGAGAACGAGUAUGAGGAGCUCAGCACAUCCCAAAAGAGUGGAGGCAACCUACUACAGAUGUUAUAUGACAAGCCCAGUCGCUGGUCUUACACUUUCCAGACCUACGCUUGCCUGAGUCGUGUCCGUUCACAGCUUCAACCUCCUUCUGCCAAACUUCAGCAGGCAGAGAAACCGGUCCAGUUCUUUGAGCGUUCUGUCUAUAGUGAUCGAUAUGUGUUUGCUUCCAACCUCUUUGAGUCUGGAGAUCUGAAUGAGACCGAGUGGGCCAUCUACCAAGACUGGCAUUCGUGGCUUCUCACUCAGUUUGAGUCCCAGAUUGAGCUCGACGCCAUGAUCUAUCUUCGGGCUGAUCCCGAGAGGUGUAUGCAGCGCCUUCAGUUCCGAGGGCGAGAGGAGGAACAGGGGAUUCCACUGGAAUACCUGGAGAAGCUGCAUUAUAAACACGAGUGUUGGCUGUCCAACCGAACAACAAAGUUGGAUUUUGAGUAUCUUAAAGACCUGCCAAUACUGGUCCUGGAUGUUAAUGAGGAUUUUAAAAAUGACAGAAUUAAGCAAGAAGGUGUGAUUGACAAGGUGAAGGAGUUUCUGAGCACCUUGUAGCCUCUAAAUGUAAAUUGAUCUGUGUGAAUGAUGUACAUCGGCGAUUCCUCACUAGUUUUCUCUGGUCAUUUGAAUGAAUUUCUGAUUGUAUUUUAUUUAGAUUGUUGUACAUAAUGUAUUUUUAUAGAAUUAAAGCCUCGUUUUUUUUUACACAGAUUUUUUUAAAACUCUUCUGCCAUGUAAACUGAAGCAGGACAUGACGUCAUUUGUAAAGUGCAGAACAUUUUUGGACAAACAAGCCAUUGGCUUUUAGUGCAGAGAUUAGUAUUUAUAUAAGUUUUGUCAUUAGGUCUGAAAACAUUCCUUUAGGGAAAAUAUUAAAGUUAAUAUUACAGGGUUCCCACAGACAUAGGAAAGUCCAGUUUUAAUGGUAAAUGGACUGCAUUUAUAUAGCACUUUCACAAACCCAAUGGCCACUAAAAUGCUUUACGUAUUGUCUCACAUUCUAACACAUUCAUUCACCGACGGCAGUGUCAGCCAUGCAAGGCACCAUCCAGCUCGUCAGGAGCAGUGAUUGAACACUGAAUGAUGAUUUACACAAUUGAAGAGUUGUAGCAAUAAAUAAAAUCUCCAAAUGCAUCUAGAUAUUCUCUGUUCUUAAAAAUGUCAUACUCCUGUAAUUAUAUCUCUAAUUCAGGCUGUAGGAAUGCUGACUCGCUCAGUAAUGAGGACCUGCUGGCUCAUUCUGUGAUUUAAGAGUUCAUUAUUAUAAUUAAGAUUGGUUUCAUAAUUUUCAGCUUUCAUGGUCAGUGUCAAUUAAUUUAUUUCCAGGUUAAUUUGAUCUGACUGGUUUACUCAUUUAAAAUGUAAGAAAUGUAGCACUGUUUUAAAUGCCAUACAGCUCAUUUGACAUGAGAAACAAUGAAAUGCCCUUUCAAUACCGUAUUCAUGAACAAUUGUGGCAUGUACAUAUGACAAACAGGUUAUGUGGCUGGCCCAUGUUCAUAUUUUACACUCAAAGUGAAGAGUAUGAAGAUACUUUUUUUAAAACAAUAUUAUGAGAUCACUCAAAGCCAAUGUAUGCAGUGCUAAUAGAUGAAACAAGUAAUUUAACAAAACAUUUCACCUGAAAAACCUUUCACAUGUAAACAUAAACUGAGUUUUAUUAUUAAGAAUAUUAAAAUGUCACAUUGUUUAUUGAUAAAUAAACCACUGUCUUUUGUUGAAAAAAUGUUUAA